ACACAGCGACAGGAGACGCGGACGGAGCUUAGAGUCGGCGAAGCCGCACAAUACAGCCCGGACCGAGGGAGGGAGCGAGCACCUAUCCUGCCCGUAAUUCACCUUCGGCUCCGAGUAAUGUGUCGCUUUAUACUGGCAGACUGGUAGCGUCUGGAGUCUCUUCUCAUCAGGAGCCCGUACCGGAGAAGAUAAACCAGGAUGGUAACGUAUUGUUUGUAACCAGGCGUCCGCUUCUCUAAAGGCCGUUCCUACCCCUAGACUUUCUUGACGAGCCCCCCCUCCCCCGCCACCUAUGACAGCCAUGUCCAACAUAAACAAUACCCUUUGCAUUGAGAACGGACAGGGGCCCGAUGUGUCCCUGUUACAGAAGGACAAUCUUCAGGACAGUGGAUUAAGCCAACUUUUGGAUUAUAAUGCCGAGAUGGAACGGUACCGCUCUUUCGCCAACUUUUACAAAACGAACGGCGCCUUCCCGCAGACGGCCAAGAUCGCCCGCAUAACGACGCCCAUUUUCCCCAGCGCCCGCAUCGGCGUGUCGCCCUGGAACUGCGAUAACGCUAUGCUCUGGGGGAGGAAGUCUGCAGCGGUCGCUCCUAAUAGGACCAGCAUGCAUAGAAAUGAGUCCCAGAGGCCGGGCAAACCUGGCGUACCGCCAGAGACGUUGCAAAUGGCAAAUAAUAAUUUCCUCUCCACCUUAUCCCCCGACCACUGCAGACCUUUAGCGGGGGAAUGCAUGAACAAGCUGAAAUGCGGCGGAGCAGCUGAAGCGGAGAUAAUGAAUCUCCCAGAACGCGUCGGAACUUUUUCCGCAAUACCGGCUUUGGGGGGCAUCUCAUUACCUCCCGGGGUCAUCGUCAUGACAGCCCUGCACUCCCCCGCAGCCUCCGCCGCCGUUACAGACAGUGCGUUUCAAAUUGCCAAUCUGGCAGACUGCCCGCAGAAUAAUUCCUCGGCGUCCAGCGGCAACCCGGCCAAGAAGAAGAGGAAAAGGUGCGGGGUGUGCGCCCCCUGCAGGCGGCUGAUCAACUGCGGGGUGUGCAGCAGCUGUCGGAAUCGCAAAACCGGCCACCAGAUCUGCAAGUUUCGGAAAUGCGAGGAGCUGAAGAAGAAGCCCGGCUCGUCUCUGGAGAGGACGCCAGUGAACAGCGGUGAGGCGUUCCGAUGGUUCUUUUAGAGCCUUUUCCCACCCCCGCUCCUCCCCAACCCCUUCGCCCCGGCUGGCCACAGAGAGCACUUGUGGGGCUCCCAGACCCGAAAACCUGCAUCGUUGGAGGAAAAAAAAGAGGAGGACCAUGAAGAAGAAGAGGAAGAAGAAGGGAAAAAAGAGGAAAACAUUAGGGUGUUGCUUUAACUCUGUAAUUUCCUUUCCUGUGUAAUAACGUACUUUUUGACGGUAUCAUAAUGUAUAUUUUUGGUGUCUAUGAACAUGGUUCAGUGUUGUGACUGUACACGCGGCAGUCAUUCGUCUGUAAAGGACUCAAAAGACAAUCAGAGCAAAUAAACUAAAGAGGCCACAAGGAUUAAUAUCUCGUUUCAACACAAAAAAACACUUUUUAGAUCUGGAGCAAUAACAUUUGAGAUGACACAGGCUUUUACAUAUUAAUAUAUAUAUAUAUAUAUUCACACACACACACAAAUAUAUAUAUACCUGUUUUUCAGUUUGAUCUCUCUUAUUUGCAUACCAGAUAUGUGUGUGACCAUUGCUUCAGACAUACUGCAAAGAAAAGGCCUUUAAUUUAUGGCCUGGUUAAGGGCACAUUCUCUGCUUGACGAACAUCGUAAUGAUUCCGUUCUUCCUCCGGUUGGUCGACUCGUUGCAGAACAGGGCACAUUGUCUUGUGUGAUGAGUUGCAGGUUUUUUUUUCCCCCUCUCUCUUUUUCCUUUCUCCUCCUCCUCCUCCUCUCCUCGUCGAAGAACCACAGCGUUGUCCUCCCUAGCCCCUCCUCUCCCCUCCCCCGACACGAGGCUCUAGGGCCGGAAAGCGUUUUAAGGGCGCCGCCCGCGUCUCACCGUGGACCAGUAAAGCCAGUCCGUGGUGUGUAUCGGAAAAGGCAAGCACGGCAUGACAGCGUCUCACUGAGAGACCGGCGAUGAAAUGAUCACACGGUGACCAUUUGGUGAAGCCAGUGUGCACCAUUUCAUCUGUUUUUAUUUUAUUUUUUUUAAACACGACAAGGUCAAACGAGAAAAAAAAAAAUAAAAAUUCAUAAAAAAAAAUGUCUAAAACGUAGGUAGGAAUACCAGUAAAGGAAUUCUAGUUUUACGCUGAAGUAUUCAAAUUUAGCAUUCUGUAUCAGUGCAGUACGGUAUAAUUAUCAGACAAAUCAUCCCAAGAAAAGGGAUUUUAUGUAUCUCCUCGCUGCAGUUUUUAAUGCAACCUACGAUAGUGUGUUACCGUGGAGCAGAGCUACACAUUCCAAACAAAUUAUUCAAGAAGUUACUCAUUGUCUUAACCCCGAUUGUUGCAUGUGUAAACGUGUUUUCGUUUUAAAGAUUACAAAGGAUUUGUAUAUUGUUGUUGUGAUGAUUUUCUGUGUUAAGAAAAGUUGCAAAAAAAAAAUAUGAAAAAUAAUUUGAUGUCAAUGAAUAAUGGAAAUUUUUAUUCCCACAUGUACAAUUAAACAUCGAUUAUGAUCACCA